UAAUUUUCAACUGUUGUUUUCUGUAGUCUGGUAUUCCUGACCCGCCCCGCAUGUCCAAAGCUAUGGUGGAGCAAAAGCAGAAGGAACGAAAAUUUCUGGAGCAACUUUUGGACGGUAAAAAGGUGGAGAAUUACACUAUUCCUGUUCCUAUCAAAGCUGAGCUGAGAAAAUAUCAACAGGAUGGUGUCAACUGGCUGGCCUUUCUCAACCGUUACAAGCUGCAUGGUAUUCUAUGCGAUGACAUGGGACUUGGUAAAACUCUUCAGUCUAUUUGUAUCAUAGCAGGUGAUCACCAUGAAAAAGCUACAGUAUACAAGGUACAGUAUUCGACACCCAGGCAACGGAUCCAGUCUGGAUAAAGAUUGAAGUUGUCU